AUGACCACUGCUGAGGCAUUCAUGGAGUUCAUGUCCUGUCUGGAUACGGCCAUGGCGUUGGGUCUGCUUGACUUGGCUCAGUUGGAUGAGUUACAGGCUCGCUUGGCCGAGGGCGAGGAGAUGAUCGGUCGGUACGCUGAGGCAAACAUGAGGAUGACCGAGGGAUGCUCGCUCGAGCAAGAGCUGUCAGCGAUAAAAGAACAAGUCCAACCUGCCAUGGCCCGUUUGAAGGAAAAUGACCUCGUCAUCCAAAGAGAUAAUGAGGAACUCGCUCGGGCGUGCCAAAAGUGUUGGCUGUUGCGAAUCUCACGGCCUGGUGCUCCGGGCCGAGGGGAUGUGCGUCAACACGUGACGUCCUUCUUUUGGAUGCAGUGCGGUUGUACGAGGGCGUGCCAGCACGGUCUACCGUGCGUCGAGAUGAUGAUGAGGUUCGGGUAG